UAUAGAACAACGGUUCAUAAAGAACACGAAUUAGUACGCUUACAAGGCAAAGAUCGAUAGAUAAAUGAAAGGACCUCCUGGGGUUCGAAUUGAAGAUGCCUAUGUCCAGUUACUCCCGAUAGGCAAACAAAAAUGCCACACCAUCGACCCUAUCAGAGAUAUAUCAUUUCAGCUGUUCACUAGGUACAACCCACUGCAGCCCACACAGUUACGAAUAGGAGACGACAGAGCAUUAGCGGAAUCACAUUUUAACUUCUCCGAACCCACAGUGUUGUUUUUCCAUGCUUUCUUCGAGUCUUCUCAAGCUACUCCUGCCACUUUGAUACGGACUGCAUACACCCAUCGAGGUGACCACAAUAUUCUGUUGGUAAACGCCCAGCGAUUGGAAGCGGGACCAUGGUAUUUGACAGCAUCGAAAAAUACGAUGGUAGUGGGACAGUACACUGCCGAAUUCAUCGACUAUUUGGUAUCGCGAGGGCUCUACUUGCCCAGCUUGCAUCUGACGGGUCUAAGUCUGGGCGCUCAGAUGGCUGGAGUGUGCGGGCAGAGCGUUAAGAGUGGGAGAAUCCAAAGGAUAACAGGUAUGGAUCCAGCAGGUCCUCUAUUCAGGAAAUGGCCAAAGAGUUUGAAGCUUGAUGCGAGCGAUGCAGAAUUCGUAGAUGUUAUCCAUACAGACGCCGGGAUAUUUGGUUAUCCCACGCCAAUAGGUCAUGUGGAUUUUUGGCCAAAUCAGGGAAUUUCGCCUCAGCCAGGAUGUACCAUCCCUGAAGUGAAGAGGAGGAGUCCGGAUUCUAUUCUCGAACCCUUCUUCUGUAGUCAUUGGAGGUCCUACCAGUUUUUCGCAGAAUCCGUGAUAAAUCCGUACGCUUUCGCCGAUGCUGUAUCUUGCGAUAACUGGGAAGACUACACCAGUGGGAAGUGUAGCCCUGAGGAACGGCCAAUUUCUAGGAUGGGGUUGUACGUAGACUGGAGGGCACGAGGAAACUAUUAUCUAAGAACAAACACGGAAUCGCCAUUUUCGAAGACGUAAGGACGAUGAUAAUAGUUAUUGUAAAUACACCACCUUUUAGAACUUUUUUUUAAUAUUAAGUAUAGGAAACAGCUCAUAUAGUGUCUAGGAAUACCUAUAAGUGUUCAGAAUUUGAUUCAAAGGGAAUAAAUUUUUCUUCAAAGUUCUCAGGUACAUUUUGAACACCGUUUUAUGUUUAUUUUUAAAAUUUCAUAAAAGUUUCAAUUUUGAAUGAUAUAAAAACAAUACACAAUGAAUAUUAGAAAUUACCCCCACGAAUAUACAACUCCAUAUACUUUUGUAGUGCAUUUUUUGUUUGUAUAAAUGAGGAAAUACUUUUUGACAUAAAAUUUGUAAUAAGUAGAUUAGUUAAUGUAAAAAACCUGUUAAUUAGUAAUUAUUAUUUAUAAUAUACAGGGUGAUCUUGAAGACCAAUUCUUUAAAUUAUAAUAAACUAACAUAUUUGUGGACUUAGAUCACAAUGUACAUUUUUACACGUUUUCUAAACUGGCAAAGAAACUUAAUGAAUAAUUUGAGCCUGUUUUAGUAGAAAAACUUUCUAUUUAUUGUUCUUGUAAAUAAACUAGAUUGCUCCAAUAAUGUUACCUACAGUGAGAUUCUAGUCUAGGGUUUAUUUAUUGUAGAAUAGGCACAGAAUAACGUGC